AUGGAGUGGAACGAAGUGAAGGCAAAGCCCAAGAAGCAGAAGAAAGCCCAGAAUAAUGAUAAUGACGGCUUUUAUGGUGGCCAAAAAGGUGGCCAUUUGAGAGCAGGUCCAGUCAGACAAGAGAACCAUGGCCCAGCCAAGGUUGCUGUUAAUAAACAGGCUAGCGCCAUUGCUGAUUUCGAUCAUCUGAGAGACGAUGACGACGAGGAAAUCAAGUACGAGAAGAUUACUCUCGAGUGUGCAAGAGCAAUUCAAAAAGCCAGAUUAGAGAAGGAGUGGUCUCAAGCUCAACUAGCUAAGGCUAUCAAUGAGAAGACCGGUUUGAUUGUAGAUAUAGAGUCAGGAGAAGCACCAUAUAAUCCUAAUACCAUUACUCAAAUUGAGAAGGCUCUUGGAGUAAAGGUCCCAAGAGGAAGAGGCGGCAAGAAGAAGAAGAAGCCAGCAAACCAAUUCUGA